CUGUCCUUUGCAGGAACAGGAGGGUCUUUUUUUUUUUUUUUUGCAUUAAUGCAAUACAACUAGCUUAGCUUAGCCACUACAACUACAAAGUGCGGCAAAAGAAACAAGUGGUACUUGCCCUUUUCACUCAUAGAGGGAAAAAAAAUCCCACUUUUAAAAAACGUUUUGUCUUAGAUCUCGUCUUCCUCGUAUUACCACCACUACUUUUUAUUGUCUUCCUGUAUUUGUAUUGGUUUUUUAAAAACUCAUUUCAUCAUUUCUGAUUUGUUGGAACUGAAAUGCUGUAACUGUGAAGGCAGACACAAAGACCCCAAAGUAGUUCCCUCCCAAGUCCCAUCCUAUUCUUCAGCUCUUUGAUCCUUCUCCUCAUCUUCCCUCUGUUUCCACUUCUUGCAGGUGCAUAGAUGUUGAAUACUACAAGAUCCUGCCUAUGGCUAUGGCUACUUGUUUUGGGACUGCUGUUGUUCACAACAAACGGGGCUUACGUCCCAAUUACCUAUGUUCAAAGCGCUGUAGCAAAAGGAGCCGUUUGUUUGGACGGAACUCCGCCAGCUUACCAUUGGGACAAGGGAUACGGAACCGGUAUAAAUAGUUGGCUAAUUCAGCUUGAGGGAGGAGGAUGGUGCAACAAUGUCAGUAGUUGCCUUGUUCGUAAAAACACACAUCUAGGUUCUUCUAAGAGAAUGGUCAAGCAAAUCCCUUUCUCUGGCAUCCUGAACAACAAACGUAUAUUCAAUCCAGACUUUUACAAUUGGAACAGAAUCAAAGUCAGGUAUUGUGAUGGAUCAUCUUUCACCGGCGAUGUUGCAGCAGUCAAUCCAGUUGCUAAUCUUCACUUCAGAGGUGCAAGGGUCUGGCUUGCUGUCAUGGAGGAUCUAUUGAGCAAAGGAAUGAGAAAUGCUGAAAAUGCUAUUCUUUCGGGAUGUUCAGCAGGUGGAUUGGCAUCAAUAUUGCAUUGCGAUAGCUUCCGAGCCCUCCUACCUAUGGGUACUAAAGUAAAAUGUAUUUCAGAUGCUGGUUAUUUUAUCAAUACGAGAGAUGUGUCUGGAGGACAUUAUAUUCAAACCUUCUUUGAUCAAUUAGUUGCGACACAUGGGUCUGCAAAGAAUUUGCUUCCAUCAUGUACUUCGAGAAUGAAACCUGGUUUAUGUUUUUUCCCGCAAUACAUCGCACAACAAAUACGAACACCUCUUUUCAUCAUCAAUGCAGCAUACGAUUCAUGGCAGAUACGAAACAUUUUGGCACCUGGCAUUGCCGAUCCCCAUGGCCACUGGGAGAGCUGCAAGCUUGAUAUAAAGAACUGUUUGCCUAGCCAAAUAAAAGUAAUGCAAGACUUCAGGUUACAAUUCUUGGUUGCACUGCUUCGAUUAGGCAAGUCUGCAUCAAGAGGAAUGUUUAUAGACUCUUGCUUUGCCCAUUGCCAAACUGAGAUGCAAGAAUUAUGGUUUAUGCAAGACUCCCCAUUGUUGAAUAAAACCAAAAUUGGGAAGGCAGUAGGAGACUGGUUUUAUGAUCGGAAUCCGUUCCAAAAGAUAGAUUGCGCUUAUCCUUGCAACCCAACUUGCCACAACCGUGUUUACGAUGAUCCGCAUGCACCCCAUUCAUAAACAUAUAAUAGAUAUAUAGUAUUAUAUUAUACAUUUUCUCAGCAUGCAGUUCAUAUUCAUACUAUAGUUACAUACAUACAUACAUAUAACGUAGAAGUAUCAUUUUUUUGGCUAUAUAGAUUUAAUAUUCAUCAUUAAUUCAUCAUUAAUUGAAAUUUAGCAUUGGUCAAUUCCUUUGAAUAAGCAAUGGCCACCACUGCACCAAACUUGUGUGCUGGGUUGGCUUCAUUUGUCUAUUGGAUGUUAUUAUUCUUAAUAAAUCAGUUUCUUUUUCUUUAA